CUCAGCCGCACUCGAGACCCGGCGCCGGGCAGAGCGAGCGGCGGCGGGCGAGGAUAAGGGGGUGGCGAGAGACGAGCAGCCGGGAAACCCCCCCCCAAAAGGCGCCCUCACCCUCUCUUCUUUCCCGGUUCCAUUUACCGGCGCGUCCCGCGGGAGCGGGGAGGAGCGCGGGGGGCGCAGCCCGUGUGCGCCGGGCGGGCCAUGGGGGUCCCGCGGCGGCAGCAGCCGGAGCGCGGGCAGCGGACACGGCACCAGGUGUCGCCAUUGUACUGAUAUCAGAAAAGAGUGACUCAAGUUGGUAUCUUUUGGGAAUCCUUCCAGACAAAGAUAAAAGAAGUUUGGAUUAAUACUGAACCGAAUGCAUCUGAGCUGAAGGAAAUGUUUUAAGAUUGCUCUCCUGACAGAAGUUGUACAAAAAUGAUACACUGAGGUUUCUGCUUGCACUUCUGGGAAGACUGUAACUAUAUUUUUAUACUGCAGUUUAUUGGCUCAUAAAAGACAAUGUAAUAAUAAAAGUAAGAGUAAACUUAUGCAGUAGUAGCAGUUCCCCUCCCGCUGACUGGACAUGAGUGAUCAAAGGUCAUUGCAAGAAGAUAAGCACAAAGUUAGCAGAACUUCUUCAAAGUUCAGGGAGUCUUCAAGAAGCAUGCAAUCUGAUGAUUAUUUUGCUAGAAAACUUAAAGCUUUGAAUGGUAGCAUGGGUCCUCCUGUGUCUUCAAAUGCAUCUAGCAAACCUGAAAAUAAUCAAACAAAUGGUACACCAGCUGUGCCUAAAAUGGGUGUUCGAGCAAGGGUGUCUGAAUGGCCUCCUAAAAAGGACUGCUCUAAAGAGCUGAGCAAAGCUGCUUGGGAAAACAGACCUCCGGCUGGUUAUGAAAGUGUUGGCUCAGUACUUCCAAAUGGACAAAAUGACCAAAGUGAUGGACAGCGAGAAGAGCUAGAAUUGGAGUUUACAGAAGGAAAAUACUCGAUUGGAGAUCUUUUUGUUCAUUCCCCUCAAAGGGGACUUCAUCCCAUAAGGCAAAGAAGCAACAGUGAUGUGACAAUAAGCGAUAUUGAUGCUGAAGAUGUGUUGGACCAGAAUGCUGUUAACCCAAAUACUGGAGCAGCUCUUCAUAGAGAAUAUGGCAGUACCUCUUCAAUUGAUAGACAAGGCUUGUCUGGAGAAAAUUUUUUUGCAAUGCUAAGAGGAUAUCGAGUGGAAAAUUUUGAACAUAAAACCCUUGCUCCGUUUGGAUUUUCUGAUUUUUUCCACUGUGAUCCUAUGGUUUCUCCAAGUCUACAUGCUGCUGCACAGAUCUCCAGGGGAGAAUUUGUCAGAAUUUCUGGCUUGGAUUAUAUGGAUAGUGCCCUACUUAUUGGUCGAGACAGGGAGAAAUCUUUCAAGAGGAGGCUAAAAUCAGAAGCAGUAGAAACAUCACUAUUUAGAAAAUUGCGAACAGUUAAAAGCGAGCACGAAACAUUUAAGUUUUCGUCUGAUUUGGAUGAUAGACUUGACAGGAGUGCUCGUUCUUGGAACUGUCAGAAAUGUUUUGCACAUUAUGAUGUUCAGAGCGUUUUGUUUAACAUAAAUGAAGCAAUGGCUACCAGAGUAAAUGUAGGAAAAAGAAAAAAUAUAACCACUGGGGCUUCAGCUGCAUCACAAACUCAGAUGCCAGCAGGCCAAACGGGAAACUGUGAAUCUCCUUUGGGAAGCAAAGAGGACCUCAAUUCAAAAGAGAAUUUAGAUGCUGAUGAAGGUGAUGGGAAAAGCAAUGAUUUAGUCUUGAGUUGCCCUUACUUCAGGAAUGAAACUGGUGGGGAAGGAGAUAGACGGAUUGCACUUUCUAGGGCAAAUUCAGCAUCCUUUUCUUCAGGUGAAAGUUGUUCUUUUGAAUCCUCUCUGAGUUCCCAUUGCACAAAUGCUGGUGUUUCAGUACUGGAAGUACCAAGAGAAAACCAGUCCAUUCACAGAGAGAAAGUGAAACGUUACAUCAUAGAACACAUUGAUCUUGGAGCGUAUUAUUACCGCAAGUUCUUCUAUGGAAAAGAGCAUCAGAACUACUUUGGCACAGAUGAAAAUCUCGGACCUGUAGCAGUCAGUAUCCGGAGGGAGAAGGUUGAAGAUGCCAAGGAGAAAGAAGGAUCUCAGUAUAACUAUCGUAUAGUUUUCAGGACAAGUGAGCUCACUACACUUAGAGGAGCAAUUUUAGAAGAUGCUAUACCAUCCACUGCUCGGCAUGGCACAGCAAGAGGUCUGCCUCUCAAAGAGGUAUUAGAGUAUGUAAUACCAGAGCUGAGCAUACAGUGCCUGAGACAGGCUUCCAACUCACCCAAAGUACCUGAACAGCUACUUAAACUGGAUGAACAAGGGCUGAGUUUUCAACACAAGAUUGGUAUCCUUUACUGCAAAGCAGGCCAAAGCACAGAGGAAGAAAUGUAUAACAAUGAGAUGGCAGGACCAGCUUUUGAAGAGUUCCUUGAUCUGCUGGGCCAGAGAGUACGACUGAAAGGAUUUAGCAAAUACAGGGCUCAGCUAGAUAAUAAAACUGAUUCAACAGGAACUCAUUCCCUCUAUACUACAUAUAAAGACUAUGAGUUAAUGUUUCACGUAUCAACAAUGCUUCCAUACAUGCCCAGUAACAGGCAACAGGACAUAACUACGCCCUGCUUGGUCCCUGAUCAGGACAUCCCUCUAGUUUUAGAGGCAGCAGGAGAUCCAAAGAGCAAGCUGCUAAGGAAAAGGCAUAUAGGAAAUGACAUAGUUACCAUUGUCUUCCAAGAGCCAGGAGCACUUCCUUUUACUCCAAAAAAUAUUCGUUCCCACUUUCAACAUGUAUUUGUCAUAGUCAAAGUGCAUAAUCCUUGCACUGAAAAUGUGUGCUAUAGUGUUGGUGUUUCACGAUCAAAAGAUGUACCUCCAUUUGGUCCACCCAUUCCCAAAGGAGUAACUUUCCCCAAAUCAGCAGUCUUUAGGGACUUUCUUUUAGCCAAAGUUAUUAAUGCGGAAAACGCGGCACAUAAGUCAGAAAAAUUUCGAGCCAUGGCCACGAGGACACGUCAAGAAUACUUGAAAGAUCUGGCAGAAAACUUUGUUACCACAGCUACAGUGGAUACUUCAGCAAAGUUUAGCUUUAUUACUUUAGGGGCGAAAAAAAAGGAAAAAGUGAAACCAAGGAAAGAUGCACAUCUUUUCAGCAUUGGAGCGAUUAUGUGGAAUGUGAUUGCACGUGAUUUUGGCCAGUCUGCUGACAUUGAAUGUCUCCUCGGAAUCUCCAAUGAGUUUAUCAUGUUGAUUGAAAAGGAAUCGAAAAACGUUGUGUUUAACUGCUCCUGCAGAGAUGUUAUUGGAUGGACGUCUGGAUUAAUGAGCAUCAAAAUAUUUUAUGAAAGAGGAGAAUGUAUUCUUCUGUCCGCAGCAGAUAAUUGUACUGAAGACAUCAGAGAAAUUGUUCAAAGACUUGAAAUAGUGACCAGAGGAUGUGAAACCACAGAAAUGACCCUUCGGAGGAAUGGGUUGGGCCAACUUGGAUUCCAUGUGAACUUUGAAGGGAUAGUGGCAGAUGUGGAACCAUUUGGUUUUGCAUGGAAGGCAGGCCUACGACAAGGGAGCCGCCUGGUUGAGAUCUGUAAAGUAGCUGUGGCAACUUUGACUCAUGAACAAAUGAUUGAUCUUUUACGUACGUCGGUCACAGUAAAAGUGGUGAUUAUUCAACCACACGAGGAUGGAGCACCUAGAAGGGGUUGUUCAGAACUUUGUCGUAUACCCAUGGUGGAAUACAAACUUGACAGUGAAGGCACCCCAUGUGAGUAUAAAACCCCUUUCAGAAGGAAUACCACUUGGCAUCGGGUGCCGACUCCCGCUGGGCAGCCUCUCUCUCGUGCCUCUCCAAUCCUAGGAACAUCUGACAGACUGCAGUGCCAGCAGCUUCUCCAGCAGGCUCAGACAGCCAUUCCUCGCAGCACUUCCUUUGAUAGAAAAUUGCCAGAUGGUGCAAGAAGUUCUCCGAGCAACCAGUCUUCCUCCAGUGACCCAGGACCCAGUGGGAGCAGCCAAUGGAGACAGCAAGUGGGAUAUGAAGGGUGCCAGUCCCCUUUGCUUCACGAACACCACCAAGGUUCAGGGUCAUUGGACUGUGAAGGAGGCAGAGAACGAGAGGACACUUUGGAAGGAACUAGACAUUCUGAAACCAAGUGGCAUGCACCUUCGACCAAAGUCCUGAGCUCCUACAAAGACCGGGCUCUACAAAAAGAAGGCAGUGGCAAGGAGUCGCCAAACAAACUUUCACAUAUCGGAGACAAAAGCUGUUCAAGCCACUCAAGCAGCAACACCCUGUCCAGUAAUACAUCCAGCAACAGUGAUGAAAAACAUUUUGGUUCUGGAGAUCUGAUGGAUCCUGAGCUGCUUGGAUUGACAUAUAUAAAGGGUGCUUCUACUGACAGUGGAAUUGAUACAGCUCCCUGCAUGCCUGCUCCUCUUCUGGCUCCUUUGCACCUUGCUGGCAGCAGGUCUGGAGUACAUUGUCACACUGAGCAGUGGACUGAGCCUUCUGAAACUCCUGGGCCAGACGAUGAUCCAGCUAAAAUCUACGGGGUUCAUAGCUAUGCCUCUGCUAUUUCUACCAGUCAUACAGCUGAAGGCAGCAUGGGAGACCUAAGUGAAAUCUCCUCUCAUUCCAGUGGGUCACAUCAUUCAGGAAGUCCAUCAACACAUUGCUCUAAAAAGAGUGGCUCACUAGAUACCUCCAAAGUCUAUAUAGUGUCACAGAACAGUAGUCAACAGAUUUCUGGGUCAGUUUCAAAACCAUACCGCAGGCAAGGAGCAGUGAGUAAAUAUGUCAUCGGGUGGAAAAAGUCGGAAGGAAGUCCUACACCUGAAGAAUCUGAAGUUGCUGAAUGCCAUGAAGUGUAUGAUGAUAUUGAUGCUGUGUCUGCAUCGAGUCCGCUCCAAACUUCUGUGAGAAAUGCCAUUGUUGAAAGCCAGCAAGUUUUGUCCAAAGAAGAUUUUUUGAAGUUGAUGCUGCCAGACAGCCUCUCUAUGGAGGAGGGGAGAAGAAAGUUUUCAUUUUAUGGAAACCUUUCUCCACGGAGGACCCUCUAUCGUACCCUAUCUGAUGAAAGUAUAUGUAGCAAUCGAAGAGGGUCUUCAUAUGCUAGCUCUCGAAGUUCAAUGCUAGACCAGGCCUUGCCAAAUGAUAUCUUAUUCAGCACUACUCCACCGUAUCACAGCACAUUGCCUCCCAGAAUGAGCCUGACUCCUGGAAUGGGAAAUCUGAGAAAUGAAUUCUGGUUCUCAGAUGGGUCCUUAUCUGAUAAAGCCAAAUUCAAUGACCCUGGCCUGAUGCCCCUGCCAGACACUGCCACAGGGCUAGACUGGUCCCACCUGGUAGAUGCUGCACGAGCGUUUGAAGGUUUUGACUCAGAUGAAGAAUUUGGGCCGUUCUGUCAUCACACGCCGUUUCUAGAUCAGAGAGUAGCAUCUUUUUGCACCUUGAAUGAUAUUCAACAAGCUGAAGGCUUGGAAGGAGCUCAAGAAUUACCUUUGGAUGAGAGUCCCACAGAUGGAAAAGAUUUCCUUGAAGCUACUGGGGAACAUGCUCCAAGUACUCUGACUGGAAAAGUAAAUCAGCUAGAAAUCAUCCUCCGGCAACUACAAACUGACCUGAGAAAGGAAAAACAGGACAAGGCAGUUCUCCAAGCAGAGGUGCAGCAUCUGAGACAAGAUAACAUGAGACUUCAGGAGGAGUCUCAAACAGCAGCUGCUCAACUAAGGAAAUUUACAGAAUGGUUUUUCAAUACAAUAGACAAAAAAUCCUAAUGGCUGGGCCACUCUAAAAUAUGUAUUUGAACAAUGUAACAGCUGUAUUUUUUGGAUUAGCGGGGUAAUAAUUCCACUGUGUUCACAAUCCAUUUUAGGUGUUUCUGCUACAUUCUCUAUCCAGCUUUAUUCAUUUGAAAAGGAGAGAGAACUGUGGUAAUCCGUCUUUAAAUUCACAUGAAGAAAGCAGAGAAUAGCAGAUAUUUGUUUGUGUGCAGAUGAAUGUAAAAAAUCCUUAGUGUCAUUUUAGACAUUUUUAGAAGAUGCUCUGGCUGGGGCUUGCCUGAAGAGGAAUAUUUGGGGUUUUAGUUCCUGCAUUUCAGCUGCACUGGUGAAGAUGUUAAAGCAAUUUACAUUAGCUUGGGCUUCAGUAUUGUAAGAUAAAAAGAAUAACCAGACAUAUACUUUAAUGUUUAAAAGGUGCUCUAUUUUUUUGUAUGUACAGUAGUUUUAUUUCCACAGUCCACAUUGUCAUAGCAAUAAGAAUGGAGGUAUAGUGAAUAGUAUCAAAGCUGUGUUUAUAAAAUGUUAGCACUGAUGUGUUUAACACUAGUUUGGAUGCAGAUACAUUAGGGAUUAUUUAUUUGCAGGAACAAACGGUGCCUGAAUAUAAACAGUGUUCUGAUUUUCUAAAAAUACACAUGCCUUGUAAAUGGCUCACUGGAUUAGCCCACUCCUGACUUCAGUUACUUUUGUAUAGUUAAUGUUCAGCUAAACAGUUACACUGCUUGACUAUUGAAAUCAUGUAUGGUGUGAGCCAGCCAAUCAAUUGUACAAUGCCAAAUUUGUUUAUCUUUGUACAGAAGCUUUGAUCAAGUGUCUUGUAUUUAACACCUUUAUUUAAGCUUAUUUAACCUUAAAUUGUUGUUUUUAUAAAGUUUGUUUUAUCUGCACUAUGGUGAGGUCAGUUGGUUGCAAGUUGUAAUAUUUUUAGCUUGCCAAGACUGUACUGAGGAGUUCUAGAAAAUUCUAACAAUUGGAUGCUGCUAGUACACAAUGGAUUUGUUUGUAUGCUUUAACAUUUUUAACUGUUUAAUUUGAAAUGAACAUACAUCCUGCUUUUUUAAUAAAUGUUAAAAAUCUAAACCUGAAAAAAUACUUUAUCUUGUAUUAUCUGUAACCACCAUGAUCAGUAAUAGCUCAAGUUUCUCUUCAGCCCAGUCUCUACAUUCUCAAUCCAGGCACAGCCUAAUUCCCCCUUGCUCUCAUGAUCCCUUGUUACCAAUGAGGGACUGUCAACAUUAUCAAAGUUAAUCUCUUUGGUGUAUCCUGUCCUAUCCUAUAAAUGAGGAGACGGCUUCACAGAUCAAGGAACAAAAGCUGUUUUGACUGUUGACCCUCAUUGAUUAGUGACAUAGAGGAAAAAAACUGCUUUACCCAAAAAGCAUUCAAAAGGUGUCUGUUUUUCUUAUGUUACUUUAUAUUAGUUGUAGCAGCAAAUAGCUUGCCAUCUUCUCGUGUCUGCAAUUGAGGAUUUGAUUGCAGUGUUAGCAUAUGUGAGAUGUUUUGUGUAUAGUACAGAGCUUAAAGUCCGCUCAAAAAAAGUACAAUUUUACAAAAUGAAAUGAAGCUAAUGAGUACAUUUGGUGUGAUCCUUCUGAGAGAAAAAGCAAAUAAUUCAAGAUCAUGGUUGUAUCCCAGUUUCCUUCCAGUAGCUGAAUGCGUUCAGGCAGACCUACAGAAAAUUGUUGAAAUGUUAAAAUAUAUAUUCAAUAUGUAUUUAAUAGAUGUAGGUGAAAUUCUGCAUCCAUUGUUAGUGCAUACUGGCUAAGAAAUGUUUCAUAUAUUGAACAAAUGUCUACCUCUGCUAUAACUGUUCUGAAUGACUGCUCUUGGGAAAGGUUAUACAUGGGCAGGCAACCAAGGCUAUGGUAUUCUCUUAUUCAAAUGAAAUAGAAUGUUUUUGUAUUUUUCAUUAAAAACUGACUCUUACAUACCAAACAAUAUCCAUUAAGAUGUAUUAACUUGGAGUAAUUAAACAUGGCAGUCAUGUGUUACACUAGAUUCCAAUUUGAAUACCUUACAUGAGUCAUUAGCAAACCCAUCUGGCUGGAGACCUUGCCAAGUAACAGUGUUGAACAACUUGCACAAUUUGUCUGUGAACAUGUUCCUGUGAGCGUUGGUUUGUACGCUUUGGAAAGCUGCACUAACUGUAAUGAACUUGAGAACAAGCUUGUUCUGAAGGGAUGCUGUUAGGUUUAAUAAGAGUUUAUAAUCCAACAUUAAUUUCUAGGCCUUUAUCUCUCACUUACUAAAAACAAGCAUUAUUGUAACUACCUGUGCAAAAAGGAUUCUGAAAACUUUUCUUGUUUUCCUAUCAACGUGAAAAUACUUUGUUUCCACAAGUGACAGGAAAACUUUGCCUACCCUCUCUCUCCUUCUCAUAGAAUCACUAGGCUGGAAAGGACCUACUGGAUCAUCGAGUCCAACCAUUCCUAUCAAUCCCUAAACCAUGCCCCUCAGCACCUCAUCCACCCGUCUCUCAAACACUUCCAGGGAAGGUGACUCAACCACCUCCGUGGGCAGCCUCUGCCAGUGCCCAAUGACCCUUUCCAUGAAAAUUUUUUUCCUGAUGUCCAGGGAAUUUUUUCCUGAUGUCCAGUUUUGCUGACUACUUCCUCACAAAAGCAGUUGUGUCAGAGGCAGGUGGUUUUUCCUUAAGUAAAAAAAAUGUUUAAAAUACUUGUGAUGUAAAGUAACUUAUUGUAGGGCAGUUACUUAGAAGAGCAAUUUUCAGUCUGGAAAGGAGAGUUGCUAUGUGUGUUAUAUUGAAGUUGCAGCUUUUCUUGAGCUCUCUGUGCCAACUGGUUCUAAUAAAUGCAGUGAAACUCAGGAACUGGUGUUCACAGAAUGGUAGGGUUGAGAAGGCACUCUAGAGAGGUUAAAUGAUUUGAAAUCAUCAGGACCAUUAGUUAUUGCUAAAACAAGUUAUUCUUCACUUCAACUGCUCUUUUUUACAGCAAAGCCUGGAAGAAAAAGAACGUCUUUCAACUCAAAAGCAAACAAAAGCUUGUUUCUUCAUUUUUGGGAGCAGAUUAUGCAAACUAAGAGGGGAAAGUAUAUUUUAGCAAUCCUGGAAAUAAAUUUGCCAGGAAUAUAAAUAUUAAUUUCAGCUCCUUUCUCCAUGCACACAUGUUGUAAUUUUCAUUUGAUUCUUCACACAUCCUUUAUUUGACUCCCCCACCAUGUUCCCUUGCUUUUCUCUCAAGUCGAAUCUAAUGGCGUGUGAGCCAGAAGGAAAACUGCAAUAGAUCCCUGGUCUGGACAGCCAAGGAGAUGUUUGUGUGCUUCAGACAAAGCCAUAGGGAGGCAGGACCUAAACAUUUUGCAGUUUUUGUUCCUACAUUGUUCUCCACAGUGCCUGCAGAACAGAAAGUGAGGCAGGUACAGUUUCAUCCAGACUUGCCGAUAUAAAUCUUUGCUUUUUUUACAGACUUUGAGUCACUCUCUCUCUCUUACCAUGGUACUAGCUUUCUGAAUCAGUUUUUGAGUCAUGAGUAGCACAACCAAGCUAGAAUGCGUAUUUCAAAAAUAAAUGUAUUUACCAGAUUUCCAAAACCAGGGAAGGAUUAGCGAUAGGGCAUUUUCUUCGGUUUUAUUUUGACUCUCCUUUCAGAUAACCAACCAAUGUUGCUGUCUGUUGCACCAACUUAUGAGGACGGGGUAGGUCCAGAGAACGGAUUGAAGAGGCUGAAUAGCUUAUGGCCUUCCAUUUUAGAAAUCACUUGGAGGUUUCAUGUAUAUCAGUGUUGAAUCUUACUAAUUUUAUGGACUUUUCUAGGGAACUUAUUUUAUGUCGUUUGUUCCAUUCUUUUAAGAUGAGCUUUUUUCCUUUGCUAACCCUUAAUAUUUAGAAGCUUCUUUGCUGUAGCGAAGUAGUAGUUGUAUUGACCUUGUCCUCAUUGGAACAAAUUGGGGCUGAUGGAUGAAAAAUACAGAUGUGAGAGUUUUUCAGAAAGGCUAGAAGUCUAUUUCAGGUUUUCCUGUGUUCCUGCUAUGCGAUAGCAGAUCAUUAAAUCCCAAAGGCUGAAAAACAGUAGAUGUGCAUUUUCUCAGCAAUGUCAUUAGAAAAAAAAUUGUUGAAUAUGCUGUUCACACCAGUUUAGGUGUCCUUGCGCCUACAUAUUAGCUGGAGAUGUUUAAAAUAAAUCUGAGGGGAGACGACAGAAAGUAAGGAGACAGAAAUGUACCAUGUCAGAAAGUGGAAUGUGCGAAGUGCACCAGUAGUAAUCAUGAGCAGUGUGAGCUGUGCUUUUAUUUAUGACAAAUUGCUGUAUGUCCAAAGACUACAACUUUAAUAAAAUAGAUUUUUUUUCAUGAAACUUUUUUAUAUUCUGUAAAUCCACUGUUUGGGACCCAGAAAGCAAUUGUGAUAAUACUUCUGGAAAAACCUUUGCCAGGAGUUACCGCUGCCCA